AUGUCUUUAUCAAGAAACCUGUCUCUUUACCGUGGUUUAUUAAGAGAAGUUAACAUUCAGUAUACAAAAGCUGCUAAUAACCCCACCUUUGCACAAGAAUUGAAGUCAAUUUAUCGCAACAAUCAACAUAUCCAAGAUCCUUCAAAGAUUGAAGCAUUAAACAGUAAUGCUGAAAAUGUGUUGACGUUUUUAACAAGUUCAAGAAAGCAUAAAGAACUUCGUGCAUUAUAUUCAGCUAUUGUGAUGGAACAAAAGAGAAAGAUUGAACUCUCUGCUAACCGUGUUGGUUUGAACUUACCAAAGCAAUAUGAUCCUGAAAACCCUCAACCUCUUGGUGGUAACGCUGAAGAAGCUGCAGCAUCAGACAAGAAGAAUUAA